AUGUCCGUCAACCUAACAGGCACGCCCACGGGCACGGGCACCGGCGGUGACUCGCUCACCACGGACCUCAACACCCAGUUCCAGGCCGCAGACAUGGUGUGGAUCGGCACUUCCGCCGCCCUCGUGUGGAUCAUGGUGCCCGGCAUCGGUCUGCUGUACUCGGGGCUCUCGCGUAAGAAGCACGCGCUGUCCCUGCUGUGGGCCUCCAUCAUGACCGUCAGUGUCGUCUCCUUCCAGUGGUUCUGGUGGGGCUACUCUCUCGUCUUCUCGCACAGCACGCGCGGUAACGGUUUCAUCGGUACCCUGCAGUUCUUCGGUUUCAAAGACGUGCUGGGCGCGCCCAGCUCCGUCUCCUCGGUCCCUGACAUCCUGUUCGCCUUCUUCCAGGGCAUGUUCGCUAUGGUCACCGGUAUCCUGAUGGUCGGUGGCGCGUGCGAGCGUGCGCGUCUGUUCCCCAUGAUGGUCUUCCUCUUCCUGUGGAUUACCAUCGUCUACUGCCCCAUUGCAUGCUGGACCUGGAACGCCGAGGGCUGGCUCGCCGCGCUCGGUGCGCUCGACUACGCCGGUGGUGGCCCCGUGCACAUCUGCUCGGGCCACGGCGCGCUGAUUUACGCCCUGAUCCUCGGUAAGCGUAACGACCCUAUCGCCAAGUCCGGCACCCCCAAGUACAAGCCCCACUCGGUCACCUCCGUCGUGCUCGGUACCGUGUUCCUGUGGUUUGGCUGGUUCGGUUUCAACGGCGGCUCCGCUGGUAACUCCACCAUCAGAGCCUGGUACUCUUGUGUCUCCACCAACCUCGCUGCCUCCUGCGCCGGCCUCACCUGGAUGUUCAUCGACUACUUCAGAUUCGGCCGCAAGUGGACCACUGUCGGCUUGUGCUCUGGUGCUAUCGCCGGUCUUGUCGGCAUCACUCCAGCCGCUGGCUUUGUCCCCGUCUGGGCUUCCGUCAUCAUUGGUAUCGUCACUGGUGCCGGCUGCAACUUCGCUGUCGACUUGAAGAACCUGCUCAGAAUUGACGACGGUCUCGACGUCUACGCUCUACACGGUGUUGGUGGUGCCAUCGGCUCUGUUCUAACCGGUAUCUUCGCCGCCGACUACGUCAACGCCACUGCAGGCGACGAAAUGGCUCCAAUCGACGGCGGCUGGAUCAACCACCACUGGAAGCAGGUUGGGUACCAACUCGCUGCCAUCUGCUCUGUCAUUGCCUGGACCUGUGUUGUCACCUCCAUCCUAUUGUUGGUCAUGGACAGAAUCCCAUUCCUGAGAUUGAGAUUGAGACCAGAGGAAGAGGAGAUGGGUACUGACGGCGCUCAAAUCGGUGAGUUCACCUAUGCUGAGGAAGAAAUGUACAUUCCUGAGCCAAUCAGAUCCCACAACACUGCCAACGUGCCACAGCCAGCCGCCAUUGACGACCACAUUGGCGAAAACCACACGGACAGCACCGACCUUACCGGCCAUCCUACCGAGAAGGUUGUUGUCUGA